AUGAAUGACCAUGAAUCCGUCCCCAGCACCCCAUCGAGGACAAGUCUUGAGGACGACGACCAUUCGGGCGAUCGCCCACUGUUAGCAAAGGCAGAAGCUACCGAGGACAGUGUCCAAGCACGGGACUUCUACCAGCAUGGAAGUGCGAGCCAGUUACCCUUGCGCCAGGAGUGGCAUGCCGAUGAAGAGGCAGAAGAAAAUAGAAGGCUCGAACAAGCUGCCUCGAAGUAUUCCCAGUUUGAACACAACUUGACCGUACGAGAAGCUCUCAAAGCCUACCCCAUGGCCGUGUUCUGGUCCCUGGCGGUCAGCACCUGCGUGAUCAUGGAAGGCUUUGACAGCGUUCUUGUACCUAAUUUUUAUGCCUAUCCUACCUUUCAACGGAAAUAUGGUGAAUUCGUUGGAGUUACCGAGCAGACGAAGUCCGGCUAUCAGCUCAGUGCAACUUGGAUGGCCGCGAUUGGAACGGCCUCAGGCGUCGGCGCUGUCCUCGGAACCAUAUUGAACGGCUAUCUUGUCGACCGACUUGGCCAGAAACGAGUGCUCAUCGGCUCCCUGUGCGUUCUGUCUUGUCUCAUCUUCAUGACUUUCUUUGCCCCCAACAUAGUGGUCCUGAUGAUCGGGCAAUUCUUGUGUGGUUUUCCAUGGGGUAUCUUCGCGACGGUUGCACCAUCUUACUCCAGCGAAGUGCUGCCCAUGGCGCUCCGGGCCUACCUCUCGAGUUUCACCAACAUGAGCUUCAUCAUUGGACAAAUCAUAUGUGCGAUCGUGUUACGGAUCUUUCUGGAAAGGGACGACGAGUGGGGAUUCCGAAUCCCUUUUGGUUGUCAAUGGAUAUGGCCGGCUUUCCUCAUACCUCUGUUGUCGUUCGCACCAGAAUCACCGUGGUAUCUCGUCCGAAAGGGGCGUCUCGAGGAUGCAGAGAAAUCGCUCCGACGCCUUCAGUCACGCACAGCCAAGAUCGACCCCAAAGAUACGCUCGCGGACAUCGUCCGCACAAAUAACCUGGAACAGUCGUUGCAAAUCGGCACAUCCUACGUCGACUGCUUCCGCGGAUUCGAACUCCGACGCACCGAGAUCGCAUGCAUGUGUUUUGCCGGACAAAACUUCUCUGGGCUGUCCUUUGGCUAUAAUGCGACAUACUUUUACGAACAGGUUGGCCUCAGUGCCGAGAUGACGUACACGCUGAGUCUCUUCGGCACUGGUUUGGCACUGCUCGCGACGCUGGCGAACUGGUUCUUCGUCAUGCCCUACUUCGGCCGUCGAAGAAUCUACACGACUUCGAUGCUAGUCAUGGCACUCAUUCUCUAUGUCAUUGGCGUCUUGAAUAUCUGGUCCUCCCUCGUCUUCAUUGCAUUCACGCAAGCCCUGCUCACCCUGGUCUGGACCAUCGUCUUCCAGCUUUCAGUUGGACAAUUAGGAUGGUCCCUCCCCGGAGAAGUCUCCUCUACGCGCCUUCGGACCAAGACGAUAUGUCUCGCCCGCAACGCUUAUUACCUCGUCGGCUUCAUAGGAGGGGUGGUCCAGCCGUACAUGAUGAACCCGCAGGCACUGAACUGGAGCGGCUACACGGGUUUGUUCUGGGGCACCACGGCCAUUCUGACGUGGGUGUGGGCGUGGUACAGGUUACCGGAGACGAAGGACCGGACUUACGAAGAGCUGGAUAUCUUGUUCGCCAAGAGGAUCGACGCGCGGGACUUUGAGUCGACCAACGUCCGCGCACUAGACGAGAACGAGAUGCAACAAUUCAGGAGGAAAGCAGGGGCCGAUACACAAAGUGGCGAAGAAAGUCCAGGAGGAUGGGAUACCGUGGAUGAACGUGUGCGCCUGACUAUCAAUGCCGGUGAGACUGACGAGAGCGGCACAGGUGCCAGUACUUCCCGUCGCGCAGUCGCCGAUGAUGAAGAGAGGCUGUUGUCGCGGACCGCGACCGACCCUGAAACCUGA